GGGGGCGUGGCGCUAGUUGAUUGAUGGUUCUGUAGGGAAGUGGGCGGGGCGUGCAGCAGUUUCCCAGCCGAGUCCCAGAAUCAGGCAGAGCCGCCGCCGAACCCCGGCCGAGAGAACGUUCCACCGUCUCCAGGCAACCGGACCGCGGGUAACCGGGGCAACUGACAGGCUCACCUGGCUGUAUGUGGGGGUUCCAUAGCGGCAGUGUAUGGGGGGGAGGAGGGUGACAGCUGCUCAGGGAUAGGCCGUAACAGGAGAUAUGGCCCGGCUGGACAGCCCCAGGCACAGCAGUGACGUCAUGUGUGAGGUCACUCAGUGCCUGGCCCCUGUUAUAUAGUAUCACUAAAUCAACCUGCAUUGUAGCCACUUAUAUCUGACCAGGAAGUCACAUUGCUUUGGCCACUGUCUGGGGUCUGUAUGGCCGUCCCUGGCCUGCGCCUGUACCGGCGGUGGCCAUCCCUGGCCUGCGUCUGUACCGGCGGUGGCCGUCCCUGGCCUGCGUCUGUACCGGCGGUGGCCGUCCCUGGCCUGCGUCUGUACCGGCGGUGGCCGUCCCUGGCCUGCGUCUGUACCGGCGGUGGCCGUCCCUGGCCUGCGUCUGUACCGGCGGUGGCCGUCCCUGGCCUGCGCCUUGGCUGUCGGCCUGCGUCUGUACUGGCGGUGGCCGUCCCUGGCCUGCGGCUUUACUGGUAACGGUCAUUGGCCAUACCCUUUACGGUCACUGGCGUGGGUUUUUACUACUAGUGGCACAGCUGUGAUGCCUGAAUUAUGGGACCAGGAUGUUACAAGAAGGGCAGCACUUUUUAACUAUUGACCAGCUGUUUAGGCAACUCUAGAAACCCUGCGAAGACAUGUCUGGAAAUUUCCUUAACCUCUUAAGCCAUUUCUUUGUAUAAAAAAAGCUGUUAAUGCUAGUACUCUGCUCGCAGGCAGAAUCGUCUAUUCCGUUUUGUAUUGGUUUGUCUAUACUGCAAUGUGUGUCUCUUCCCUGAUUGUACAGCGCUGUGGAAUAGGUUGGUGCUUUAAAAAUUCCAGUGAUAAUAAGUCUAUUAAUGCAGCUUUUUUUUUUUAUUUAUUACAUGGGGAGAGACUUAAAAUUAAAUAAUUGAUAACCUAAAUCUCUUUUCCCCAAAAGAGUUUGUUUCAUGCAUUUUCUUGUACAAUUCUGUUUAUUUCUCUUAAUUGCAUCAGGGAUGAGAAAACCGCUCCUGGUAGUCCAAGGGUUAAUAGAUGGCUUUACUUUCUUCCAGAAUAAAUUCCUGAUUACUUAGUGUGUACAUUGCGGACGCCCUGCUGGCUCUGCCUGUGUUUUUGUAUGUUGUUGUUUUUUUUUGUCACCUUCCUGGGAGGGUGCUUCCUUUAUCCUGCUUGCAGCCAGCUGAUUGGCUGUCUGGGGAAAGGGUUAUACCUAGGGAGGAUCUUACAGAGAGAGUGUCUGUAAUCAGCUGUUUUAGUGUUAUCUAUUGAGCCAGGAGGAGGAGGGGCGCUGACAAGCUGUGUUUAUGUUGGGGACAGGAGACAAUGACCGUACAGAUGAAAACAAGCAAACUGAAAACUCAGAGCUCUGUAACCACGUUAAUAUAGGACAAUAUUCCUGCUUUUUCAUGGUCAUUUUACAAUUCUAAAUAUUUCAGCGUUCUUAAGCCAUGUUACCUUAAAUUAAGAUCAAACGAUUCUUUAUCAAGUUAAAAAAAAUUUCCGUACAGUUUAUAUUUUUAAUUUAUUAGGCUCCAUUUUAUUGUUCAGCACCGCAGUAUAGGUUGGCACUGUUUAAAUACUAAUAAUUAUAGGAAUCUGUAUAGAUAUCCAGGUUGACAGUUGCCCAGGACAUUGUCUGCUUCCAAUGUAGAAUCACCUUUGAUAUAUAAUUACAAUUAUUUAUGUAGCGCCAACAUACUCCACAGCACUGUACAAUAGGUAAGCAAAACAAAAACUCUACAUUAUAUCAAAACAUGAUUGACAUACUGGAACUCAUGAAGAGGGCCCUAUGCGAAUGAGCUUACAAUCUAACAGAUAUACUGAAUGAUGUAUGAAAGAGCGAGAUUUAGACCCCAGACCAGUUAUAAAGCUGACCUUUCUUCCCUCCCCUUUAGUUGCCCGAAGAGCUGUGUGCACAGCAUCGACCAGUCAUCCCUCCAAUGUUAAACACAGUAAGCAGUACUCAUCUGCCACUAAUGUCACCCAUUCACAUCACCUUCUGCCAAAUUAACAGAACAGACCUACCAGCUGUUUUCCCAUGUAUAUCCUUGUAAUUGAAGAUACACAUAUGUAUCGGUCUUUGUCUUUCAGCACUAACACUUUUUUUUUUUUUUUUAAUUAUUCUAGUUCUGUCUCCCAUUUAGACUACGUUGUUAUAGUAAAUACACUGUUCCUUUAAUGUAGUGGUUCUGGGGCAUUUAACCAGUGCAUUUCUUUGAGAAAAAUUGUUGCCUAAUGCCACUACUAGAGGGGCUUCCUGGAUUCAGUCCUGUAAAGAUUGCAGAACUGAGAUUUAAAGUCUCCAAACUCUGCAUGGAGACGCCGAAUGCUCCGCACAGAGGUACAUGACUCGAUGCUUCUCUGAGAUGAUGAUUAGCACAGCGAGUCGAUUUGCUGCGCAUACAAACUAGCCUUCCAAUGCUUUCCUAUGGGAAGACAUUGCAUUUGCUGAAAUUAUCUGGAGGUAGUAAAGGUAAGUAAAAAGCUUUUUGUUCCAAUAAUCCAACUUCGUAUAACACUAGGAAUACAUGUUCAUAUUCACAAUGCUAUAGUGAUCCUUCAAUGCUAAAUUACAGACAUAUUGGGUGCGUAGCUGUUAAACGGUUACGUAACACAUUUGGAACAUUGGGGGUUUCACUGCCCGUCGUAGUCAAAGAAACAACACUCCAGCCAGAUCUGAUAACCUUGGUGAUAGUCCAUAUUCAUCUCCAGUAAGCAGGGUCCUUGAAUUCAUGACUAUAAUAGAGAGAUCAGCUUGAUUUUGUAGCAGAAACAGUUCACAUUUUUAAGACCUCCCUUUAUCUUCCACCCUCUAAGCACCCACAAGUUUGGUGUAACCCAUAGGUUGAAUGAGUAUCACCCAGUCAAGUCUGCAAGACACACCGAUGAUUCAGGUUUUGUCCUUAUCUCAACUGGAAUAAAAUUUUAAAAUGUCUAAAUCCUGAAUUGUUGGUGCACUUUGAGGGCUGGUUGGUUGCCACUGAUUAGGGUACAAUUAGUGCUGGGUGAUUUUUUUUAAAUUUUUUUUUUUUUGCUUACUUUUUUUUAACCAUUUUUCGGUUUUCCACUAUAAGCAUGUCCCCCUACUAACCUGUAGUACUUUACAUAAUAUCAAGGAGUCACUAGAAAUCUGACAAUUAAAGGAACGCUGUGGCAUUAAGAAUACAAACCUGUAUUUCUAAUGCUAGAGUGUUAAUAUAACUAUUUGAUAUCCGGCCCCACCUUCGCUGGCUGAUAUUAUCAAUCCUGACGAUCUCAACCAAUCCAAUGCUUCCCUGUAAGGAAGCUUUGUGAGGCUAAUGCGCAUGUGUAUCUUUAGAUGUGCUGUACCAAUCAGCAUUUUCUUAUAAAGAUGCAUUGAUUCGGUCCUGCAAUCUUUGCAGGACCUCAUCCAGGAAUUUCCUUUGGUGGCUGUCUGAGUGACAGCCAUUACAAGUGGCAUUAGGUAGCCACGUUUACACUAGUGAGCAAGCAGGGACAUGUUAUUUGCCCUCGAACCACUACAUUAAGCUGUAGUGGUUGUGGUGCCUAGAGUUUCCCUUCUGAGCUACACUUCCAGAAUCCUUUGCUGUGCCCAUAAAAGCACUGCUUAUAUAAUGUUAUAUGCAGUGUUCUAGAAAGUUGAGAAUCAGAAUUGGCUUACUAUCUGCUUUGAUCUCACUAAAGAGUUUGCACAGUGUGAGGGUUUACAGGAAAUGGAGGAACUUCAAAUGUGGGUAUCUUUUUAUUAUUUUGAAUUUGUUUUUUUUGUUUAUAUUUGUAAUGUGUAAUCUAUAUAAUAUACUUUCUCACCAUACUUAAUAAAAGUGAUGUAAGUAAUGUGAUAUUUUAUUUUGGUAUUUUGAAGCAUACCGUAAUACAACUGCUGUUCUAACAGUCAGUCUCAUUCUUCAUUCUAAUCACAUUUUGUUUUUCGGGGUCAAGGUGACAAGGAACACUUUCCUGUAUGGGACAAUGUGGUUUUACACACUGCAUCUUUAUGUAGUCAUUUAGCUGCAAUUUUUUUAAAUUUUUUAUUUUCUUGAAUAUUACGACUACCAAUAGUCCCAUAUCUGAUGGAAAAGUACUGACUGUACUGGUUUUCCCCAUUCAAAUUCAAAGCACGUAAAGUCACACACUGUCUUCAUUGUGCCUCUACUUCAUCCUCGUCAUUUUAUCAUUGCCCAUCCCUGCCAUACCCAACUUGUUCUCUUAAAUCAUAGAACUAACUUUGAUACUGAUCUCUGUUGUUUUUUUGGGGUGUUUUUUUUUUUUGGCGCACUAGUUAAACAGUGGGAACUAAUCACUAUCCUCAUUCAGUGACACUUGUAACCCAGAAUAGACACAUUAUUCAGCUUUUAUUAGACAGCGGGGAAUAGUUAACAAGGUCCACACUAGGAAAUGAAUUAAUAAAAUCCUGUUCUAAAAAGAUUUUAUAAAGUUCUGUAUGUGAGCUUCUGGUCGGUUUUAAAAUGUAAUGUAUAUAUUGUGCAAAUGUUGCAGUGUAUAUACAUUAAAUGUACACUUGCACGAUGAGGUCUGCUCAUUGUCAAAACCAAACUUAAUAGUUUAUUCAGCCUUCGUCCCGGAUGGCGGUGUUUGUGGCCUUCAGUCUGGCUUGUGAGCAUUGUCUACCUUCUCCAGGAGGGCAGCUAACAUUUACUGAUCUUUUGCAGUUCCCCAUGAGUGGAUUAGUCAGAGCCACUGAAUUCAGUGUCACAGGUGAUGAACACCGCUGGCCCGAGAUGGCACGUAUGGCUUGCCUUAAGACUGUGCUCUCCCUAACCGGCCCCUGGGACUAGAGAGUGCCCAACCGGGAAUUACCUGCUGCCCCCAGAUGUGCUUCCACUCACAAGUGAAAUUGUGUCAACUGAAUGCUGGAAUUGCAAAAUCUAGGCCAAUCUAGCUAUCUUUUUAGCCUAAUUUUUUACAAAUCCGGUUUCAGUCCACUACAAACCAUAAGCCGUAGACUAAUACACCAAAAAACAUAAAUGCAUGGUAUAUAUGCACAACUCCAAUACAGAAAUGUUUGUUACAAAUCACUGCAGCUAUAGAAAAUACACUAUUUUACUGAAAAUUAACGUAAUUUUAUGGCUAAUAAACUACAAACAUGUUUGCUAUGCAGAUGUUAAAUGUACUUAAUUUCUCUGCGUUUAUUUGUUCUCGUUUUCAGAUUUUCGGACGUCGGGAAGAUGGGCCGUAUAUUUUUGGAUCAUAUUGGUGGCACCCGCCUAUUUUCCUGCGCCAACUGCGAUACGAUAUUGACCAACCGCUCUGAGCUGAUAUCAACUCGCUUUACAGGCGCAACAGGGAGGGCGUUUUUGUUCAACAAGGUACAGCUCUCAUUGUACAGAACAGACACGUUAACCCAUUCAGGACCAUUGCUAUGUCAUGAUACUUACGAUAAUGGGGGAGGGGCGUUGUCCCUUACUUUCAAUCAGCAGUAAAAUUCAAAAGGCACCGCCAUGAUUAACUGAUCUUACUCCAGCGGCUGAUGACAUCCGUUCACUAACUGCCAAAUGGAAUUUUGUUACUCAGUGUGGCUGUUUCAACCGCUUUCAGUUGAGACCUAUUUGACUAUUCACAAAAGAUACAUUUUGGUUAUUUAAGUUGCAUAGGCAGACGAAAAGCAACCAAACUGUGCUCCAAUUUCCAUGGUACAGACCAGGUAAGUGUCACCUGUGACCCUAAGCCCUUCUAACUCUAAAUAACUCCCCAACUUCUCCCUUUUACCUUGCAAUGAUAGCCAAGCUCUAAUGCUUACUCUUACCGUGGCAGAAUAUUUAAAUUUCUUACAGAUAUUUUAAAACCAAUCUCACUGUUGCUAGCCCUCUCCCAGUACUCUCAGCCAGUCAUCGUCAUUCAGGCUGGAUGAAUUGAUAUUAGUCAUGUGGAAUUGUACAUUUUCAAUGUUUGCAGCUUAAAACAGUUUGCUAAAAACAGUGUGACCGGUGCCCAUAGACUCUGUGAGCCAUAACCUGGAUAAUAACUUGUACACUUGGCUGUAGUGGUUAUGGUGCUGCGUAUCCACUCCAGCUGUGCCAGUGACAGGAAAUGCUGUUACAUUUAUGGUGAAUCCAUUCCAUACAAGCAAGUAUUCUCCCUCAGACCAAGAUCUUUAUAUGGUGAUACCUGAAAAGAUUACUGUCUUGAAGGGUUAUUGAAAGCACAAUCACUAUUUCAGUGAUUUAAAGUGGUCAUGGUUCCUGAUCCGAAACACUGCACAUACAGAGAUUAACUUCUUCACUGCUAGGGGUGUAACUCAAUUAGCCUCAUUAGCUGCCUAAUGUCUAUUCUGUGCAAAACUGGCAUCUGAAGCCAGCCCCGAUAGCAGCAUAGCCCCUGCCUUGCAUUGGUACUGCCCCCUAUGCUACCCUCCGUCAAUCACCCUGACAUCCUGCCCACAACGAACAAGGUGGAGUGACAUCAGCCAUGGAGGAUUGAGCUGGGGGGAGAAAUUGGCCUCCGCGAUGGAAGAGAGGCCUUACAUUUUUUUUUUCUUUGAGUAAACCUUUAAUCAACCACUUUCCUUGAUUUGCAGUGAAAUAAAAGAGGGAAUGGUGUUUUACCAUACCUAAUUAACAUCUAUCUUUAGAACUAUUGAAGAUUUUCUGAGCUCUAUUAACAUGUAUUUCCUCUCUUAAAGUGAGCUGAUCAUUCAUGAAAUUUGUAUUUGCUUCAGGAAGGUAGGGGGUUCUAAGCUGUAAAAUUUUAAUUGAUACAAUAUUAUCUAACUAAAGAGCUCUUUUAGUUCCUUCAAGAUGGUUGCCAUGAAUGGGAGGUGCUUGCCCAUUGCUCCCAACAAUCACAUGUGCCAUCCUGCUACGCCAUAUUUCUAUUUAUUCCCUCGUUUUGCUAUAGCAGUGAUAAUAUCACUUAGAACUGGAAAUCUCAAAUCUGAAUCCUGGUCUGACCCCUGGGCACGACACCUAAUGAUCUAUAUCCACUCACCAUAGACUUUUAGUUUGUGCCGCGCACACCUUUCUUUAAUUGUAACGAACUCUGACUAUAUUGGCGCUUAAUAAAUGCUAAUAACAGUUCCUAUAUGUUAUUAUUGGUAUUUAUAUAGCGCCAACUAAUUCCGCAGCACUUUACAAUGUUCUGUAUUUACUAAUUCAAUCAUAUAUUAAAUAGUUUGUGUUCAAAUAAUGUGUAUUUUUCUUACCUUCUAGGUGGUUAACUUGCAGUACAGCGAAGUCCAGGAUCGCGUCAUGCUCACUGGACGACACAUGGUGCGUGAUGUCAGCUGUAAGAACUGCAACAGCAAACUGGGAUGGAUUUAUGAGUUUGCCACAGAAGACAGCCAGCGCUACAAAGAGGGCAGAGUUAUCUUGGAGCGAGCUUUGGUGCGCGAAAGCGAGGGUUUUGAAGAACAUGUGCCGUCUGAUAACUCCUGAAACAUCCCAUCCUCCUGCUUAUUUAAAUUAAGAAAAAGUAGAAAACAUGGGGGGAAAAAAUCUAUUUCUUUUUUUCUUGCAAAUCUUUUAGUCUCUGCAUUGGGAAUCGUCAUGCAUUAGAAGGAAGCCAAAACACCUAAAACGUCCAUUUCUCUUGGAUUUACCUGCCAUGGAGAGAAAUAUUUCACCAACGCAGUCUUUAAAUUUCUCCGCCAGCAGACGUACUUAAAAUGUAGGGAUUGGCAAUUCUAUAGGGAUAUAUUUUUUCCCAUGUUGAUAAAUGCCUUAUUUAAACAGUGCCGAUGUGCUGAAAUCCAUUUUUCCUUUCUCCAAUUUCUGUAUCAUCUUUUAGAAAAUUCUUUUUGAUUUUUAGUUGAUUUAGUCCCCAACCCCAUUUGAUACUGUUUGCACAGAGAUUGUAUAGGUACAGCAUUGAUAUGGCUUGUGCUGGCCGGAGUUAUUUACUAGUUGAAGCUAAUGUACACAUCAGAAUUCUUUUCAUUUUUUUUCCAACACAAAUUCUAACAUUUCAGGAAUUUUGUCAUGUAUCGUAUGUGAUGCAAUUGAUGUGGAUUUAAAAAGCAUACAAAAAAAAAAAUGAAAGACAACCAUUAGUUUUAUGCAAAAAGUAAUAUUGUAGUGUGUAGUAUUGGUAUAAUAAUAAAUAUUUGUGACCUUUUCAUUUAAUUUAUACUUUACAAUGUGUUUUGUGUUUGUUUUGGCAAAUUGUUGCUUAAAUAUAAUAAAUCCAGAUAUUUCUUGA